CGGACGUGCCUAGCUGGCUGUUGGGCUGUUCCGGUUCGGGCUGUUCCCGUCGACGACUUUCUCCGAGUGGGAGCAGUCACUAAAACCAGGAAGGUUGCCGCACACCAAGUGGAAAGCGCACGUUACCAGUCUGCUAUCCACGUCCUAGACCGGUCGAGUUUAACUUUUAACGAUAAAAGGAGUUUCAGCGCUGUCAAAUCGCCGCCAUGGACCCCGCCAGCCAAGAUAUCAACCUGAACUCUCCUAACAAGGGCCUCGGUGUGGAUCAUUCAGACAGCCUGUCCGACGUGCCAGUGGAGGGAGCGGUGGGGAACUCGGCCAGCCCUCUUCCACCUGGCCUGACAGAGGAAGAGGCUGAGGAGCUCCGCACUGAGCUCACCAAGGUGGAGGAGGAGAUCAACACUCUGCGUCAGGUUUUGUCAGCCAAAGAGAGACACGCCACAGAGCUGAAGAGGAAACUUGGCCUCAGCCCGCUCAACGAACUCAGGCAGAACCUCACCAAGAGCUGGCAAGAUGUUCAGACCUCCAACGCCUAUGUGAGAACCACUGAGAAACUGGGCGAGUGGAAUGAAAGAGUUACCCGUUCGGAUCUAUAUCUGUCUGCCUCAGCCACUUUGGAUGACAUUACCCACUCUGAAGCAUACAAGAAGACUCAGGAGACUCUUUCCCAGGCGGGCCAAAAAACCAGUGCAGCUCUCACCACAGUGGGCACUGCCAUCAGCAAGAGACUGGGCGACAUGAGGAACUCUGCGACUUUCAAGUCAUUUGAGGAUAAAAUGGGGAACCUGAAGGUGAAGCCGGCAAAUGAUUAUAAGGUUGUCGGCCCCAGAGGGAACGGGGAUGCCGUCAGCUCCCCCACUGACACCACCCCCAAUCAGGAGAACCCGCCUUUCUGAACGCACCCCACCUCCUCCUCUCCUCCUCCUCCUCCUCCUCCUCGCUGCCACCUUCCUCACGACCUGAGACUGUAUUGUUAUCACCUCAUAUUGCAGAGUCAGCCCCGACCUUUGACCCCACCCAACUCGCCCACUCGCCUCCUCUCACCUGCCCCAAGUUCCAUAAACGCCGACAGGCGGAGUUGAAGGACUCGCAGGUUUGAGGUGGGACGAGCUUUCCUCGCUGGUCCCACCGCAGCUGGUCCUACGGCCUCCGUUGCUCUGCCUCGCUGUUGAAGAAAAUGUUUUGCUGAUGUCUAAACCUGAAUAAGUUACAGAUCUUGCUUUUUGUAACAUCAGCACUGCCUGCCUCCACUUCCUCCCUAGUUAGAUCCUCACCCCCUUCGUGAGUCCAAAUAAGUCGACGCUCAAAGCUCCUGCACUCGUCAGAUGCCUUUUGAAACGGGUCGUUACUGUUACAGCAAAUCACCUGGAUAGAGAAGAGGCUAGAACGGCAUUAUAAGAAGUCAGGUUCUUAAACUAAACUCCAUCUUUCAUUCUGGGCCCGAGGUGUUUUAAAGAUACUUCCGCAAUGAUAAAUAAGGCUGGAUUACAGAGGGGGCAAAGUGGGGACCUAGACCUCAAGGGGCCCGAAAGCCUGUUACGUUUGGGAUAAUUUGACCAAAUGCAAAUUGGUCGAAUGUACAUCACAUUUUCAAUAAAUGCCCCCCCCCUCAUUUUUGCCCCUAAUGGGUUAACGGGGCCAUGGCGAUACAUCGGAUAUUUAUCCUGCAGGUGUAUUUUUUGCUGCCAACCCAGAGUUUAGGAACCAGGGUGCCUGCCGACUGAGGGGGGAGGAGGAUUUUAUGGGCAUAAGCGAGAUAGUCUACGUGCUACUUAAACCUCCUAUUUCUGUCUACUUUGUUUCUGACUACUAUCAUCUACUGAAAUCAUGCAAUCGCACUGCGUGCACCUGCUAGUGUCACCACAGCAGCCCCGACUUUUUGUCCGACUCGUACCCAGUUUGCUUCACAGCUCUGCGGUUGCCAGCGGUGUUAACGCAGGCUACGCUCGCAGGUUAGAGGUCAGCGGUUUGAUGGGGAGGGGCGGUAUCAUCCCGCAACCUUCUUUGACCUACUACUGCUACAUGCAUGUGCAUACUUCAUCUCAGUUGUACCAUACCAACCAUGCAAAGACGACCGAGGUCUCGUGUAACACCCUAUAAACACCCAAGGAUGUAAAAACAGGAAAAUAAACCUUCAACCAUUUUGUAUUAUAAACUAUUUUACACUGCUUUGCAUAAUGUUUUUACAUAACUUUUAUCAAUAUGUAUAAAUAUAUAUGAAUGAAUAUAUUGUCACCGAGGCUGCCGAAUGGUAGUAACCCGGUUGGGAGGAUUGAAAGAAGCAGGCGGAGGCUAAACAAACUUUAAAAAUGUGGAAAACAAAGAAACACUAUGCGUCAGUUUCACAGAUGUGAGUUACUGUCGGUCUGGAGUUUUUCUGUUUUGAAGUACAUUUGUUGUCCCAAAAAAAAAAAAAAAAGUGUCCAGGUUCGUCAAACUGACUCGUCAAUGAGCUGCAGUCGUUUUGUUACCCGUCUGGGCACAAGACUAAUCAGACCAGGGUCAGAGGGGAACAUAAUUUAACUGGUUUCAUUUGACAAACUGGAGGCGGAGAUGCAUUUGAUCUCAGCUGCAGCAUGUCAACGUCACCGUUUGCAAGUCAAACUAAAAGCAAGCGCUUCUCGAGGGUUGAGAAUGUUCUGAAACCACUUUGACUGUGCUUUUCUUUUUUUUCCUGGUUUGUUUGACUGCUGUUCCCUCCCCCCCCUCUGUUGACACACAGAACUCAGUGUGAGAUUGCUUUGCUGUGUACACUACCUGGAGAAUGUCAAUGCCUCUCUAUCGGCCUUACUCACUGUAAAUGGUUCACCUGUUACUGUUUUUUUUGUUUUGUUUCAAAGUUACUGUUUUUUUGUUUUUUUUGUUUUGUUUCAAAGUUCCUGUUUUUUUGUUUUUUUUGUUUUGUUUCAAAGUUCCUGUUUUUUUGUUUUUUUUGUUGUUUUUGUUUUAAAGUUCCUGUUUUUUUUUGUUGUUGUUGUUGUACAGACAGGUUCGAUUGAAGGAAGGGUAUUUAGCAUUAAGACAGUUAAAUUGUCUGAGGGGGGCACAGAAUUUGUCAUGAAAACACAUCUCGCUGCCGUAGCAGAAGCUUUGCCGACAACCCCUUAAUGCACACAUGAACACACCGAUGCACUCCCGUCAACACACGCUAAAUGCUACUAAAAGCCUUGAUCGCACACACACACACACGCUGCAUGAGGCCAAACUAACACAAAGUCAUCGUUACUCUUAUCGUUGUUCACCUAUACUGCUUCAACACACACACACACACACACACAGUGAUCCGACGGUAGCUCUUACAGACUACAUGGCCUCGGAAGCAGCGGUAGUAAACUUGAGAGCACAGAGUUGUGCGGCACCGUCACUUUUCUCUUGAGCGCGGAAAAAAGAAGAGAGUUGUAUUCUAGUUUUUGUUUUGCCUUUACUGGUAAAAUAUCCCAAGAAAGUAGAUUGGCACAAAACGUUGCCGUGCACCAUGGCAGUAGGGUUUAUGAUGUCCAUGGGGUAAAGGCUUUUUUGGGGGAAAAAAGACGAUGUUUAGUCUAAUCAUGGUAGUGGAAAUGUCAGUGUUGCCAAAAUUCAGUGCACUGUCUCGAAACGUCCCGGGUGGACGGGGGUUUUAUUGAGGCAGUAGAAAUUGGGGUGAAAAUGAGUUCUUAUUUUCGUAAACAUUUUGAGUCAUUGAAUGAUUUAAGCCAAAACUUCCCAGGUGGGUUUAAACUGGCUUGUAAGUCAGCGAAAGAGCAGUGGAUUUAAACAAUUAAGAUCAGAUUGAACGGAAUAUCCCUUUAACAGCAACAUUAGGUGACAGAGUUGGGCUUCAGUGAAAAGACACCAAAACUAAAACACACAGCUUUUAAAUUUGAGUUAAAGGUGUUCGUGGAAGGGCAACAUUGACAGAUGCACUCUAUUCUUAGGGAAAUGUCCCAACAAAAGUGAAAUGUUUUGCUCUGGAUCAUUGAUCAUGGGUUGGGGGGAAAAAAAAGUGCCACAUUUGACUCGAAACGUUGGUCAGUUUUGAGUUGAUGUUGAGGCAGAUGAUGGUAGAUUGUUUUUUGAGGCAGUGGAGAUUUGGCCUCAAACAUUGACAGAAUCUUUUUUUUUUUUUCUUGUCUACCCAUUACAACUACAAAAUAUUGCCCCCAGAUGUUGCUCUUGUAUCCUGGCUCAGCUUCAGCGCUCUGUCCCUAAAUGUCACUGGUGGACAGGUGUUUUACUGAGGUGGCAGACGUUGAGCGAAACACGAGCUGUUAUACACAGCAAAAAAUUUGGAUCGUUGAAAAUGAUUGAAGCCAAAACUUCUCAGGAAAGGUUUAAACUAGUAAACCAGCAAAAGAGCUGGAAAAAAAACCAAACGAAGGAGAAAAACUAAACAAAAAAACAGGAUGUCCGGGUGAAACAGAAUUAGCUCCAGGCGGCAGAUUUGGGCUAAAAUGAAAAACCAUGAAAUGAAAAUACACAGCCUAAAAAAAAAAAACAACAACUUCCCAUCAACCUGCUUCAGAACUGUUGCCAGUGUGUCAUAACUCAAGUGUAUUUUCUUGUUUUGUACGUGUUUGUGUCGAUCAUUUUGGUAGCUAAUAUAUUCCCGUUAGGGGAAUUAUAUAUUUUUUGGGCUUUCUUUCUGUUGGGAGAGGUGAACCUAAGAGAAGAUUUAUUACUUGUACAAUUAAUUUGCCAUCAGUUUAAAAAAAAAAAAAAAAAAAAAAAAA